AUGGCCUCCGGUUUCGGUUACAGCGGCGGACGCAGCAGAUGCCACCCUUUCUGGCAAGAGUUCCACAAGUGCUAUGCUCUUGCUGACAAGCCCGAGGAGUGCGUUCUCCAGCGCGACGACUACCUCGAGUGCCUUCACCACAGCAAGGAGAUCCUCCGCACAAAGACCAUUCAGGAUGAGGCACACAAGCAGAAGGAGAAGCGCGCCAAGGAGGCCGCUGCCUCCAAGAAGAAGGCCGACUCUGCCGCCGCCAGCAACGUGCCAAGGCUGAACGUUGUCGAGGAUAAGGCAAAGGCUACAGCAUAA